AUGAAAUUUCAAUUUUGUGAGGCUCAAAUGUCGGGAGCUCAUUUGUCGGGAGCUCAACUGUCGGGAUCUGAUGCUUUACAAGGUUUAUUAACAGAACAAACAACAGGCUCGGGAGAGGUUUUUGAUACACAGUUAAUCGAUAGUGGUUGGCGUCUCGCUGAAGCACUUUGUAAAACAUCAUGUGCUGUAUUUGAUAUAACAAGUACGGCAUUUCUUAAACUUGUAGAUGAUCCAUCAAUGAAUGAAGAAGAUUGA